UAUACGCCAAAAGCAAUCAAAACUCAAACUCAUUAAUUCCUUCGGUUCCAGUGGCAGUUUAGUUUAUUUCCUCAACUCAGAUUGAAAUGCCGAAGAUGGGACUCAAAAACUUGUUCUUCUUCAAAACAUCACCAUCACCAUUGCCACCUUCCUUUCCUCCCACAAGAACCUUCUCCGAUUCACUAAUGGACGAAAACAUCGAAACCGCUCGCGCCAUCAUUUCAAAAUGGGAACUUAUUUCCCCUUCGGACCAAACCGCCCCUCUAUUCAGCAACACACGCCAAGAAGCCAAACAGUACCUUAACGCUGUCAUGAGCCUGCAGUCCACUAUGCAGCGCCUCGUCGCACUGGAUUCCUCCUCCGACACCCUCGUCCAAGCCCACUUCCUUAUGCAACUCGCCAUGAAGAGACUCCAGACCGAGUUCUAUCGAAUAUUAGCCCAAAACAGAGACAAUCUCCAUCCUGAAUCCGUCACCUCCACCGAUCACCGGAGCAGCAGCGUCUCCGAUGACGGCACCAAUUUCUCCGACGACGAGUUCCGCUUCGCCGGCGACUCUAUCUCCACGGUCGCCAUGGUGGACCUGAAAGCCAUUGCGGAGUGUAUGGUUUCCGCCGGCUACAGCAAAGAGUGCAUCAAGACUUACAUCUUAACGAGAAAGUCCAUGGUGGAUGAGGCACUGUACCAUUUCGGAGUGGAGAGGCUCAGUUUCUCUCAGGUUCAGAAGAUGGACUGGAAGGUGCUCGAGUCCAAGAUUAAGUCCUGGCUCAGCGCUGUCAAGUUCGCCAUCCGCACUUUGUUUCACGGCGAGAGAACGCUCUGCGAUUACGUCUUCGGUUCGCCGGAGAGGAAGAUCGCCGAGUCCUGUUUCGCCGCGGUUUGCAGAGAAGGUGCGGAGUCGCUGUUCGCAUUCCCGGAAAAAGUGGCCAAGUGCAAGAAAACGCUGGAGAAGAUGUUCAGGACGCUCGACUUGUACGAAGCGAUAUCCGACAACCGGCUACAAAUCGAGUCCAUCUUCUCGUCGGAAUCAACUUCCUCCAUCAGAUCUCAGGUCGAUGUUUCUCAGGCGAGGCUCGGCGAGGCGGUGCGGACGAUGUUAGUUGACUUCGAAGCCGCAAUUCAGAAGGAAUCUUCCAAGAUUCCGGUGCCUGGCGGCGGGAUCCACCCGCUCACGCGCUACGUAAUGAACUACAUCGAGUUCCUCGCCGAUUACAGGGACUGCGUCGCCGAGAUUGUCGCCGAUUGGCCUCAAAAUUCGUUGCCGGAGUCUUAUUACUGCAGUCCGGAUCGCGAGGGAAUGAAUCGUUCAGCAGAGAUAGCUGAACGGAUGGCAUGGUUGAUAUUAGUGCUCCUCUGCAAGCUCGACGGAAAAGCUGAACUCUACAAGGAAGUUGCACUCUCUUACUUGUUUCUGGCGAAUAACAUGCAAUACGUCGUCGUAAAGGUCCGCAACUCAAAAAACCUAGGGUUCAUCGUCGGGGAGGAUUGGUUGACGAAGCACGAAUUGAAGGUGAAAGAGUACGUUUGCAAGUACGAGCGCGUGGGAUGGAGCAAGGUUUUUCUGUCGCUGCCGGAAAAUCCGACGGCGGAGCAGGCUAGGGCGAUCUACGAGUGUUUGGACGCCGAAUUCCAUGAAACGUGCAAGGCACAGUCCUCCUGGAUCGUACCCGACCGGAAACUGCGAGAGGAAAUGAAAGAUUCGAUAGCUUCUAAACUGGUUCCAAGGUACAGGGAAUUCUUCGGGAAGUAUCGGGUCGGGUUGGGAACUGAUUUCGGGCUUACACCCGAUGAUUUGGAACAUAACCUUUCUGAUAUUUUAUCGGGUAGCGUUUCGUCGUCGCAUACUCCUUCUCCUCCGCAUCGCUUCAAACGACCGUGAAGUUGGAGCACGCCGGCAAAGUAAUGGGCCACACAUCUGUCGUUAUUGUUUUUUUGGCUAACGGUAAAGACAAGAAUGUGGCCCAGAUAAGGACACGUCAGUGUAUAAGAUUUUUUUUGUAGAAUGACACCAUGGGACAUGGAUGAUUUAGUACCUGGAGGAUUUCUUUUUUUUUCAAUUCAAUGAAUCCCCGCCAUGGAUACAAGAAUGUAAGGAUAUCAUGUAAUUUAAACUCACACUUACACUGUAUUUUUAUAA